AUGCCUUCACUACUCCUCGUCGUCUUCAUCCUGCAGCUAGCUCUCCACAUCAUCAACACCGUGGGCGCCAACACACUCAACGACCUGCUAUGGAUUCUCUACAACAAACUUCCCACCCCUACGUCCUCGUCGGCACAGAGAGCGCAGAAGCUCAAGAAGGAGGUCAUCCAGUUGAAGCGGGAACUGGCCACCACUUCGCCCCAACAGGAGUUUUCCAAAUGGGCGAAGCUGGAUAGACAGCACAACAAAGCUGUCGCUGAAUAUAAUAAGCUGGACGCCUCCCUCAAAACCCACCAAUCCACCUUCACUUCCACCGUCUCGACUCUACGCUGGCUCGGCACCCAGGGCUUACGCUUCGUCCUGCAGUUUUGGUUCUCCAAGUCACCUAUGUUCUGGAUGCCUACCGGCUGGGUGCCAUACUACGUCGAAUGGAUUCUGAGCUUUCCCCGAGCCCCGAUUGGCAGCGUGAGCAUCAACAUCUGGGGUAUUGCAUGCGCAAGCAUGAUCGCUUUGACUGCCGAGGCUCUCGAAGCUGUCUGGGUGUUGGCUACUAAGAAACCCGUACCGAUCCCGAGCGACAAAAAUAAGGAGAAUGGGGAGCCCAUGGCUUUCGGGGCAGGUGCCGGUGCGCGGAAACCUGGCGAGAAGAAAGAGCUAUAGCGCCCUCUGUUUUUCAUACAUCAAUUAAUCUGGGAAUCUAUAAAAGAAAACAUAAAGCAAACCCAUCAAACCCAAUCACAUCGCGUGAACUGCUUGCGCGGUUUGAUAAAUGGCACAAAGAUAAAUCCACGGUGUGUACAAGUCAGGUUUGUGCAGCGCCCUGUCUC